ACUAGUUGCCCUGGUGCAGACGUCGCGAGCUAAACAAACAUGUCUUUGCUACAUUAUAAGACUACGGACCUUAAAGAUACGUAGGCAAAUGCAAAGGGAAAUAUGCGACGAUUAAUAAGAUACGUGCCAAACAUAAAACUGUCGAUGGAGAGUUGAUAUAUUAUUCAGUUGGUUAGCUUAGUGUAGCCUUUUGUGACCGUGUUUACACAUUGCUAGCUAGCUUUCCAGCUGGCUAAUAAGCUAGCAAAAUGGACCUUGGAACAAUGUUAUACAACAAUUUAAAAGAUGUUACAUGGAGCACUACGUCUUUACCAUUAGAUCAACUUGUGAGUGCUUAUAGGUUGCCUCAAAUGGCCAAGCUGGAUAACGGUCAGAUGGUUGAAGGGCUCAGAGACAAUGACUACCUCUUGAUUCAUUCCUGCCGUCAGUGGACAACUAUUACUGCUCACAGUCUGGAGGAGGGACACUAUGUCAUUGGGCCCAAAAUAGAGAUCCCGGUGCACUAUGAAGGUCAGUUUAAGCUACUGGAGCAGGACAGAGAUGUCAAGGAGCCUGUGCAGUACUUCAACAGUGUGGAGGAGGUGGCUAAAGCAUUCCCUGAAAGGGUAUACGUUAUGGAAGAAAUCACGUUCAAUGUUAAGAUGGCUUCAGGCGAAUGCAAUGAAGAUACCGAAGUGUACAACAUAACACUUUGCACCGGUGAUGAACUGACAUUAAUGGGCCAGGCUGAGAUUCUAUAUGCCAAGACCUCCAAAGAAAAAUCAAGAUUCAACACAAUUUUUAAGAAGAUUGGGAAGCUAAACUCCAUCAGUAAGAUCGGUCGAGGCAAGAUGCCCUGCUUGAUCUGCAUGAACCAUCGCACCAACGAGAGCAUCAGCCUGCCUUUCCAGUGCAAAGGCAGGUUCAGCACCUGUAGCCCAUUGGAGCUCCAGAUGCAGGACGGCGAGCACAUCAUCAGGAACAUUGUGGAGAAAACCCGUCUCCCUGUCAAUGUAUCAGUCCCCAACAGUCCACCCCGCAACCAUUAUGACCUCCACCUCAUUCGUGAGGGUCAUCGCUACAAGUUAGUCAACAUUCAGACAAAGACGGUGGUUGUGUGCUGCAUCCUGCGAAGCAACAAAAUUAUCCCCAUCCAUUUUCCCUUUCAUAUGGCCAUGCCUAGAUGUAUUAUUCCAGAAGAGCUCUUGCAAGGAGAGCUGUGGCUAGAAACUAUGGUACAUCGCUGGUUCUCCUUCUGCCAGGAUCAGUUUGACAUAGAUGACUAUUCUCGUGCUGUUCGGGAUGUGCGGACAGACUGGAACGACGACGGUAAGAGCCCCAAGAAAACCAGCGGGAAUGGCAGUUGCGGUGGAAGCAGCGGAUGCAGCAGCAGCUCCAACGGUUGUCCCAACCAAAUGCAGAUUCCCAGUUCUUUAACCUAUGCCCGGGAGGAACUCACCCAGUCCUUCCACCGUCUAUCUGUGUGCGUGUACGGCAGCAACCUGCACGGUAACAGUGAGGUCAAUUUGCAAGGCUGUAUGACACUGUGUGGAGAUUGGGCUCUUCUGCCCUCGGAUAGCAUCCCUUCAGAAUCUGGAGAAAAUGAACACUUUUACCCCGGACUGAUGGAUAGCACAAACUCACAACCAUCCCCCAACAAGUCUGACGUCCCCUAUGAGGAGCUGUGGUUGGACCAAUUGAGAGGUCAGAUCCCAAAACCUUCUGUGAGUGAGGGACUUCGAGGCAUCAACAAUGGCUGCAGCACAACAACAGCCCUGUCAUACCCAGUCACUACAGAUUCGUCUCUUACUCCACCACCGGUUCCGCCCAAGUCUCAAGCUGUGAAGGAAGAAUGCCGUCUUUUGAAUGCCCCACCAAUUCCUCCACGAAGCUUGAAACAGAUGGCAUCACUGCCCAUCCUGUCUAAGCCACGGCAGCAAGACACUCGGUCUCCAAGUCCGACCCUCUCCUACUAUUCUUCUGGACUCCACAACAUUAGUGGAGCAUCUGAGCAGGAGGCCGAUGAUCCACAAGAACCAAGCCAUGUGUGCAACCCCUGCAACUGGGUUAGAUCCCACAGCAUUGAGCCGAAUGUGACGUGGCCAAGCAGUAGCCUGCCAUCAGAUGGGAUGUCCUCCAGGUUGUCGUGGCCAAAUAACCUCAGCGGAGGAGAAUCGCACAGCAUGGAGGAGUUUCUACCAUCUGGCUGUCGAAGUUACUACAGCUACCCCAGAAAAAGAUCCCAGAGCAGCCAGAAAGCCUGCACAGCCAGCUUUGUUGACUUUGAUGGAGAGCAUGCUCACAGCAGUAAGAACUUCAGGUCGCAGAAAGCCUCCGUGAAUCACUUCUGCACCAAAUCUUCAAGUUACCAUUCAGAAAUGUACAGAAACAAGCCAAUAGAAGAAUCUGACACAAAGCAGAGCCUCUCUUGCCCCAUCCUGCCGCCGAGAACACCAAAAUCAAAUGCUAUAAAGAAGGGCACGGAUUUACUGUCAGGAUUCGAUGGUGACAGUGAGCAGGAAACGUCAAAUUGCUCACUACCUAAACUUGAGAAGGGCACAAAAGAGAUACCUCUCAUCUCUACUUCAUUAACUCCUAACUCUCCAUCAUUAUCUCCCAAUGCACAGUGGCAGCCACCCUCCAGUCUGGCUAAUCUUUCUAUUGAAGAGGUGUCCAGAUCUCUAAGGUUUAUUGGCCUGCCGGAUGACAUUGUUUCUUUUUUCGUGACUGAGAAGAUCGAUGGGAGUUUACUCCUGCAGCUCACUGAGGAGAUUUUGUCAGAGGAUUUCAAGCUAAGCAAACUGCAGGUAAAGAAACUCAUGCAGUUCAUAAGUGGGUGGAGACCCAAGAUAUAACAGUGUAUGACACUAGGUCCUGUCGUAAAGCAGGGAACAUCAAGCCUUCAGUAUAUAUGCUAUGCACACCAGGUCACAAAGAGUUUCUUUUCGUAUAACAUGAAUUUAUUUCCUUGUAGACAUUUUCACGUCAGCUACUUAGUUAUUUUCCGUAAGUGUUCAUGUUAUCACACCAAUUCUUUAUUAGGCCAACAAUUGUAAAGCACUGAUGUGGCGCUAUUAUCUUAAUAAUGAUAUUGAUAAAUAUAUAUCCCUCUGUCCUUAAAGAGGAAUAUCACAACAUUGCUAUUUCCAGGAUUUAAAAAACAGCACGAAAAACAGAUGUUCUAUUUUCACAUUUAAACAAAAGUUAAACAAUAUUUUGAUGUCUUUGCGGAGACACAUUUUGACAUUUGGUACCACACAACAUAAAGCUUGCAUGAUCCCAAGCUUGCAAUUAUAGUUAUGCAUGAGUUCAGGGAUAUGAUAGAGAAUUCUGCUGUUCAAACAUUUCUAAACAAAAAUCAAAACAGUUGAUUUAAUUCACUUCUGUUGAAUGAACUCAAAACCCAACAAGUAAAGAUACUUAACUUGAAUUUAACUUUUUCAUCUUUUAAAAGAAAGGUAGAGAGGUCUUAAGCUGUACAUUUCAUCAGAAUCUUUGAAAAUUCAUUUAUUUUCCAAUUGGCAAGAAAUACUCAAUGAUGUUACAUUUCACCCUGUAGUAUCAUACUGAUGCACAGUUUUAAAAGAAUUAAAGGAGUUGAUUUUGCAGCUGUAUGACCCUUUAAGUUUUUUAAUACCUUUUAUGUUGGAUAAAACCAAAUACAUCAGCUUUUAAUGUCAAUCAGGUAAGAGUCUUUUUUUAAGAGAAAGUGUUAAUUUAGUGUUAAUGGCAUCUGCAUUCUUGUUGUGAUAUUCUUCUUUGCGAAGUUAGCUCUCAUCAAAGGGUUCUCAUGUUCUCUUAUGUGAAACAAGAUGUUGUUUCUAUUUGAUGCUUUUCUAAUCUAAAGUUUAAUUGACCUAUAUGGCUCUUUCCUUAAACCUUAAACCUCUCUACUAAAAAUGGCAGAGACCUUAACAAUAUGAUGUCCUUACUUUAAAUCUAAAAUGGAAACAACUGACUGGUAAUGGGCCAUGACAUUCUACAUUAAAAUAGAAAAUAUGCAUCAUGCACUUUGGUAGCUCUCAGCCUAAUUAAUUGCUGUUAAGAAAAUUAAAUAUAUAAACCUAUAAAAUAGUGUCUUUGUAGAAAGUGAAUGCACUACACGCCUAUUCAAAACUAAAAUGGUACGUCUCCUUUAUUCUCAUUGUAUGCAUUAUAAGUGUCCUCUAAUGCUAGAAAGAAGAUAACUUUGCUGCGCCUUAACCCAGAGACCUUAAAAUAUAUUAUAUUUACCUUUGGCUUAACAUUUUUUUAAGUCAGUCUCUUGUCUUAGGAAUAUACUCUUAACAUGUAUGUAUUUUCCCCAUAGCCUGAGAGGCAUAGGUCAAAUUGAAAAUGAUCUGAUAAAAUGACAUUUUGUUUUUAUUGGUACCAAUCUUUGUUUUAUUUAGCCUUGAUUCAGAGUUGUAUUGUAUUUAUGCAGUAUUUAACACAAAUAUGCAGAAGAGUUAUUGUUAUCAGACUGUUGGUAGUGCUGAUAUAUGAAGGUGCCUCAGCAAAAACAGCAUGUCUGCAACCCAGGUCCUGUUGGCUGUUGUUUUUUCCCCUCUGUCACUUUUUGCAGUGGGUUGUUACAUAUUUUACUUGAUAUUUUGUAUUUGUUAUGUUAGUACAAAUGUGAUUUUUAUAUAAAAAAAAGUAAUAACUAACGGUGAAAUGAUUUGUAUUGAGAAAAAAGCUUUUGUUCAAAUUUCCUUUUUUUAUUCUGUACCAUUUACGUUCUACUUUGGUUUGUAAAUCCAUGUAUUUAAAUAACACAUGGCAACGCAGGGAGGAAAAACCCUGCAAGCCUCAGUUCGACUACAUAGAAAAUGACUAACAAUUUGAAUGAGCAAAGUUUUCAGGUGAUUUUCCAGAUUUCCUUGUUACUUUGUCCCCUUAUUCGAAUGGGAUUGGAAUGUGUCCCAUGACCUUAUUAUUCUAUGGUGAUUGAUGUCUUAUGCGAUAGCCAUGUCGACCAUGGUAGUAACAACAAGUGAGUGACACAAAGAAAUGGAGUAUUAUGCACAUUGAAUUACCACAGCGGUAAUUCCAGAGAAAGUCCAAUUUGUACUUGAAUAAUUCUGAGUAAACUGUGAACACACUACAACAAAUGACCUAGCUCUGUAAAUACACCAUCAUCAAGCUUUUAACACUAAUAGCUAUCUGAUAAUAAUAACGUCUGUCCCCCUCGAUCGGGGAUGUAUGAAUGAUUACCAUCUCUGUGCACAAACAAAAUAACUAACACUUGUUUUGAUCAAAUUUGGAAAAGUAAAGGUCAACAUUACUGAAAUAUUGAGUUUAAUAGUUAUAUUUCAAUUAUACUGUUUCCCUAUUUUAAAAAUGGUAUUAUCUAUUAAAAAAAUUGAUUAACUGAC